AUGCAAUCCAGCAGAGCAAAUGAUGCCAUGUUGCAGGAGCGACAACGACGACAAGAAAGGGCAUUUGACCUGAUAGAGAACAAAGUCAUCGCUGAUAGUACAAAGAAAGUUUACCGAUGCAAGAUCAAUAGGAUCGUGCGUCUGUUACUCAAAGUGAACCCCAGGGCUGUCGACGAGGACGGCGAAUUGAUACUCCCAAUGGCAUGGAAAGAUUUGAAGAGUUUGUUUGGAGACCUUGUCACCAAUACUGACUUACCAAAAUCUAGAAGGAGAAGAGGAGGUCAAGAGCAGGAAGAGCAGGAAGAGCAGGAAGAGCAGGAAGAGCAGGAAGAGCAGGAAGAGCAGGAAGAGCAGGAAGAGCAGGAAGAGCAGGAAGAGCAGGAAGAGCAGGAAGAGCAGGAAGAGCAGGAAGAGCAGGAAGAUCAGGAAGAGCAGGAAGAUCAGGAAGAUCAGGAAGACGACGAUCAGGAAGACGAAGAUCAGGAAGACGACGGAGAUCAUGAGGAUGAGGAAGAGCAGCAAGAUGAUCCGCAUAACGUACACGAGGGUGAGAACGAGGACAUUUCAGGAUACCAGGCAAGCAAGAGAACGCUGUCGUUAGGAGCACUGCAGGGGUACAAGAGUGCGUUGAAAGCAUAUUACAGAGACAGAAAUGUAGCUUUUGACGCGACUGGAAUGCCAUCGGGCAGUACUUUAAACGACCGGCUCAGUCGACUCAUCAAAGGUUAUGGAAGGGUGGUUACUCAAAAGAAAUCCACGGGAGUGAUGAAAUUGAAAGAAGGCAAAAGUGUCUUGGCAGUGAGAGAGUAUGGAAUUAUUUGUGAAAAGAUGACCCAGAUACGUUCAGACACUAUGGCACGAGAAAUAGGAUCAACAGGCUUGUUCGGAUUUGCUGGUACCACGAUCAUGUGGAACUGUUGCUGUAGAAGCGAAACUUUAGACAUUCUACAUCUUGAACACUUUGAUUGGGAGAACGACUGCUUGAAGCUGACAAUAUUGAAGACCAAGAUGGACCAAGGGGGUGUUGACGCCGACAUUUUUUCUCCCAGAACAAGGCACAUAUUUGCAGCACCCAACAAACCUAUGUCUUGUCCUAUCUUGGCCAUUGCUUUGUAUGCGUUUUCCCAAACCAGAAUGAGGAUAAGUCACACCAAAUUUUUUCUGGGAAACGACCAGAAGCAGAGGUUUGGCCAAGUCUUGAGAAGGGUAUUGUCCACAGAGGACAUGCAGGAGGAAGUAUGGAGGGAUGUUGGUAAGUGCUAG